AUGGGUUCUAUGGUGAUAUGUUCGACUCUCCCUUCCUGCUACCGACGUCAUCUACUAGGGUUUGAGGACAACCGCGGUGGAGACUCACUUGCUCUUAGGUGGAGUUCUCUAUCACCUUGUGGAUACAUGCUUUCAAGGAGAGUUAUGCCUCCUUUUGUGCUUCAUGCCCUCGUUCAAAGUUCCGACAAGAUUGACUUUGUGCUCUUUCAUGGUUUCUGCUGCAUCUUAAACUACCCAUCACUUCUUGAAGUUGCCAUGAAGUCCUUCCGCGACCUAGUUUACCUUGAGGUGCAAGUCAGUGCCAAAGAUGUUGUUAUGGCACUGAUUCAUAAAGAACGUGAGGGAGAACAGAUUGAGAGGGAACUACUGAAAAACAUAGUAGACAUCUUUGUUCAGAGUGGGAUGGGAACAAUGGAAAGGUAUGAAAAUGAUUUUGAGAUGUUCUUGCUUGAAGACACGGCGUCUUACUACUCACGCAAGGCCUCAAGCUGGAUCCAGGAGGAUUCUUGCCCUGAAUACAUGAUAAAGGCUGAGGAGUCUUUGAAAAAGGAGAAGGAGAGAGUCACACACUACCUUGUCUAA